AUGGCACGCGCACCAAGCUGCGGCAUGGUCUUACUUGCCAGUUUCCUCCACCGGUUGCUUCAAAGUCAAUUGCAAUUCAAUCCACAAAGCCAUGCACAGGAAGCAGCAUACUUGAACAAGCUUGUGACCGUCUUGAGUAACAACUCCGCAUGGCGCAUUCCACCGACUUUGUUCAUAUCAGCUACGCUCUAUUUCUAUGCAAGUAUUCCGUUUGGCCUCGUUAAGGUCGGAAAGAGCAUGCGGCUUCACAUUGCUCAUGGACUUGAGCGGUUCCGGGGACUACUUGAAGAAUUGGGUCUCGACGACUUUCUGAACCUUUCCGAGGUAAUGAAAGGAGCCAAGCCAAUUGGCGUAUUUAGAAGCACACCGAACCAAGGCGUGUUUGGCAAGCUCUUUGUUGAUGUUGAUCCGUCUGCUGACAGUCCUCUGUGGGAUGAAGAGCUUGGUGUCAAGGAGUAG